UCUAAAACAACAACGAAUAAAAAAGGAACAAGAAAGAAUCACAGGAGUGUUUGUUUCCUGGGAAGAUAAUGGUGGCAAUGACGAUGGCCAACACUACUGAGGAACCAAUUCUGUCGAGGAUGGACCGGCUCGACACCAUUCUGAGGCAGUUGGAGGAAAUCCGAGGCUCGCAUUCGCAUUCGCAUUCACAUACUCAUUCUCCCAAGAGUAGCUCGUGCACCUCUUCACCUACGCGGACAAGCGGGACCCUCAUGAGCGACGGAGGGCACCUUCCAUCGUCCGCGGAGUUGAUCUCCCCAGAAAGCCUAGAGAAGCACUGCCGUCCGAUCGAGCACGUCAUGAUGGAGACCGACGCGAAGGGGUCGCUGAUCGAGCGGCUGGAUCACGUGGAGGACCGUGUGCUGAAGCUGUGCGUGCAGCUGGAGGAGGAGUUUAUGGAGGCUAGUGCCGAAAGGAAGAGAGAUGAUGAGGCGGAGAUGGUCAAGAGGAGAGAGAGAGAAGAGAGAGCAGAGAUGACCAGGAGGAGUGAGAAAGAGGAGAAGAUUGUUAUCAGUGAGAUUGAGAGAACUCAGAUUGAUGUGAUUAAGAAGAAGAAGAAGAAGAAGAAGGGACUGAAGGAACUUGUUAAACAGUGUGUUAUGGGAAAAGGAAAAUCCAAUAAAUCAACUAAACCUUUGAUUAAUUAGCUAGGGUUUCUUUUCCUAUGUGAACUUUUGUUUGUGUUGCUUGUUUUCCUGUUAUUUUAGUCCUCCCAACUUCUCUGCUUUAGUUUGGGGAUUGAUUGGUGAGAGUGUAAUUAAUCAAGCGAGAACAUGUACAACUGGUGUUUAUUAAUUAGA